CAACUGGUCACUUUUUUCAAACACAAAACUUUUAAUUUACAGUAAAUAAAUAAAGUUUCCAAAAAACACAAACGCAAAUUGCAAUGGCCGAAUUCUCAGUCGAGCGCGUAGAGGACAAACGCACAGUUAAUGGUCGCACAGAAUAUUAUUUAAAGUGGAAGGGGUAUCCACGCAGUGAAAACACUUGGGAGCCGGUUGAAAAUCUCGAUUGUCCAGAUUUAAUAGCAACGUUUGAAGAAUCAUUAAAGAAUAAUAAAAAAGAGACUAAAAAACGCCUUUCCACAUCGUCAACACCAGAUUCGAUACGAAGUAAGCGAAAAUCAUUCAUGGAGGAAGAUACCGACGAACAAAAGAAGUUGAUUGGCUUUGAUCGCGGCUUGGAGCCGUCAAAGAUUCUUGGUGCGACCGACUCAUCCGGAUACCUUAUGUUUCUGAUGAAGUGGAAGGGUAGCGAUCACGCCGAUCUGGUGCCCGCCAAGCUGGCGAACGUCAAAUGUCCACAAGUCGUUAUACAAUUUUACGAGGAACGUCUAACCUGGCACACUGGCAAUGGCAAUGGUAACGGCUCCGGUAGCGGAUGUGGCAGUGCGCACGCCGCUGGAAGCGUUAGUACACCUGGCAGCACCGCUGACGCUAGUCCGAGCGGCAGCAUCAACGAUGAAAAUAUAAAACCCGACGCUGGCGCCGAAUUAGGGAACGGAGACGCUGUCUAGCUUAUUUCACAGAACUCGUUAAGCCAGCAAAAACAAUGCCAUGCAAAACUGCAUGGAUACACACAGAUACAGACACACACACACACACACACAGGCACAUGCUCGCUCCUACAUUUUUACAUACAAAUAACAUAGACAUAAUCAUACAUACAUACAUACAUAGAUAUACAUACAGGCAUGUUCUUUAUUGCGCCAACACAAACAAAACAUAAGAAAAAAAUUGAGCGUAUUUCUAAAA